AUGUCUGGGAGUUUGGAGAGAAAGCAUGGCUCUGAAGACGAUGAGGGGCAUCCAACGGGUACCUCUGAUGACUACCACGAUACCGAUGUUUUUGGUCGGGAGGACAAUGCCACCAUCAAGUACAAGACACUAUCAUGGCAGAUGUGCUCGGUCCUUAUGAUUGCAGAAAUCGUUUCCAACGGUAUGCUAUCCCUUCCCGCCGCCCUCGCCGUCGUAGGAAUCGUCCCUGGUCUCCUGCUCAUCGCUUUCCUCGGCAUUUUCGCCCUCUACACCUCCCUUGUUCUCGUCGACUUCAAGCUUCGGCACCCCGAGGUCCACAAUAUGGGAGACGCCGGCAUGAUCAUGGGCGGACCCGUCCUUCGCGAGAUCCUGUCUGCUGGCACCGUCAUCUUCGCAGUCUUCGCCACGGGCAGCCAGCUCCUAGCCGGCCAGAUCGCCUUGUCCACCCUGUCUGACAACAAGCUGUGUUUAAUGAUAUACACCGGCAUCUUCGCCGUCCCAACCUUCCUCGUAUCACUGUUCCGAACGUUGGACCACCUCUCCCUCCUCUCGGUGCUCGCCUGCAUCGGCAUCCUCGCUGCCGGCAUUGUCGGCAUGGCCGGUGCCGGCGCCAUCUCGUCGCCUCAGCCCAUCGAAACGGCCAAACCUUCCGACUUCUACCAUGCUUUCCUCGCCAUCACAAACCCCGUCUUCUCGUACGCCGGCCACUUCAUGUUCUUCAUCCUCAUCAGCGAAAUGUCCCAGCCAAAAGAUGCCAAAAAAGCCGCCUGGACACUGCAGAUCUUCGCCACCACCGUCUACUGCGUAUUCGCAGCUGUCAUGUACGUCUACCUCGGCGACGGCAUCGCGAGCCCGGCCUUCUCCUCCCUUCCGUCCCACUGGUCCAAGGCCGCCUACGGCAUUGCGCUGCCCAACUUCCUGAUCGCCGGCUCGCUGUACGCGCACACGGCCGCGAAGCUCUUCUUCGUGCGCCUCUUCCGCCGCCCGGCCCGCAGUCGCCACUUGCACCACCACACGCUGCUCGGCUGGGCCGUGUGGGCGGCACUCGUGCUGCUGAUGAAUGCUGCGGCCUUUGUGUUGGCGGUCGGAGUGCCGAUAUUUGCGUACUUGGUCAGCAUUGCGGCGAGCUUGUUCGCGAGUUGGUAUACGUAUGGCAUUGCGGGAGCUUUCUGGCUAUUUGAUGCGUGGCACGAUCACGCUGGCUGGGUAGCUUACCGGCAGCGAUGGGGAAUGUGUCUGCUGAACUGCGCGACAUUUCUGGCGGGGUUCUUCAUUUGUGUUGCCGGCAUGUACAUUUCGAUCAAGCUUAUCGUUGAUGCUUAUAGUUCUGGGGCGGUGGGAGAGCCGUUCUCUUGCUAA